UCGCUGUAUGAAUGACAAACGACGCUGGGCAAAUAAAUUGUCGUAGUCUCCGGUCUUCCCACACUUUUAAGCUGGGAGCGACUGAUCGAGAAGGUGGACCACGUCGUCAGAGGUACUCUCGUUAAACUCUCGCGAAAACAGGACUGUACCAAAGUGCUGUGUCUUUGAAACUGGACCAAAGAUGGAGGAACAGUCUAAGUCUCAUCUGUCGACGGUCGCUAUGGCAAUUUUCGUCCGACUUCUUCUCAUUUUCCACACCGUAUUGGCCACGUGGCGAGUGACCCUAGCCUGGAACAACCCUCAGUUCUGGCUAAUGUGUCUGGGAGUGGUGCUAGUUGCCCUAGAAGGAUACAUCACCAUCCGAGUCAACAAGGGUAUCGAGUGGAAGUGGUUGUGUCCAUGUUUUGCCAUCUACCUAGUCAUAACGUUACCUUCCAUAUGGCUGCUGGAGAUCUCACAAAUGAACAAAUACAUGGAAAGUCAGACAGGAGCCGCUACUACUGCCAAUGCCACAUUGGCCCCUACCACUGUCCAGACAGUGACCAGUGAUGUGACCAGAACAAUGACCACAGCUUUGGCCGCAAAUGGCAGUAACGUGAGCGCCACUAUGGCAACUACGGCUUCCAACAUCUCGGAUAUUCUGAACGAUAUUAUAGCAACUACAACUUCUAAUAUCUCGGACAUUGUCAACGUUAGCAUGGCAACUACUACUUCGAAUAUCUCGGACAUUGUCAACGUUACCAUGGCAACUACUGCUUCUGUUAUCUCGGGCACUGUCAACGUUACCAUGGCAACUGCUACUUCUAAUAUUUCGGACAUUCUAAACGUUACCAUGGCAACUACUGCUUCUGAUAUCUCGGACAUUGUCAACGUUACCAUGGCAACUACUACUUCUAAUAUUUCGGACAUUCUAAACGUUACCAUGGCAACUACUGCUUCCAACAUAUCAGACAUUGUGAACGCUACCAUAGAAACUACCAUUAUCAAUGCUAUUGAGAUGUUAACCAACAACACGACUGAUCUGAUGACGUCUACAGUCCCUAUGACAACUACAACGUCUGCAGGAAUCAUAGCCAACAUCGAGAUCUUACUAGACAGUUUCAACGCCGACACAUGGGUGGUGGUCGUGGAGGAGUCAUUGGUAUACCUGAUUGUGAAUGGUCGCUGGCUCUUACCCAGGGGCAGGGUAACCCGGGAGGAACUUUCGGAUCUCCUCUUCGAUUACUUAGCAAUGGCAUCAGAUAUCAUGGAGUUAUUUGCGUUAUUCGACGAGGAUUCAAUCCGAGGAAACCCGAUGAUAACAUACGCUAUCUUAGCAAUUUGGUCCGUUAGCUUUAUCCAGUUUAUACCUGUUGUGAUGAACAGGCGAGCGGUCAACUCGUUCAGAAAACAUACACAAGAUGAGAAAGACAAAAGCAAUUGCUGUGUUUGUGCCGGGUGUGGGAACUCGUUCCCAGAUAUUUUCGUCACUAUAGCCGGGCUGUUUUUACAAGACGGACCAUUUUUGGCCCUCCGGCUGUUUAUAAUCUUUUAUCUACAAUUGCUUACAUACAGUCUAGUGUUUUUCGUGCUCAAGAACACAAUAGUCGUACUUCUGCUGACUUACCGUCUGGGUAUUCUGUGUUUCAAUUUGCCAUGUUGCUCAAGGCGAGAUGCUACAAAGGAAUGCAUGGAGGAGCUAGACAUGGACGAUCCGUUUGAUUUCGGUUCGAGUGAAGAUAUUCUUAAGAAGAAUGACUUGUAUACGAGUGACCAAGGUAUCAUAAACAGCGACUACCACGACCAGUCAGUGUUCGGGGAGAGUUAUUAUCGUGAUCAUAACAAAGCUAAGAACGAUAAGCCUCAAAAUGGACAUAGGCGCGGCGUUAGCAUUGGAGAAGCCUCGGUCAGUGGGAAUCCGGUUAAUGGUCUUGGCGUUCGCAACGGAAACCUUCCAGUUAAUAUACGUAGUUUAAGCAAUAGUGGUUAUCCAGUUCACGGUCGCGAAUUUAGCAGAAGUGACCCAAGACCCAAUGAUCACAGCAGUUCUAACUCUAGACUUCCGGUGAAAACCCAUCAAUACAAAAGACCAGACAGCACUGCUAGUUUCAAUGCGCCUGUCAGGGACGCUUCGCCCAGUGAUCGUGUCUCCAUUGGUAACGGGCGUUCCACCCCAACGAACUCCCUCAUUAGUAAAAGACCUAAUUUUGUAAACACUGAUCACGUAGUAGGCUAUCAAGAAAACAUAGUUCGGGCAAGAUCGAUUGAUUUCAGUUCUCCAGACGUUGGAUCUCUGGUCGAAAACGUUGUCUAUUUUGAAAACAAUGAUAUAUCAGAAAAAAGAAUUGAACCGGAAUCGAAACGUUUACGGACAGUGAUUCGGAUAGGAUAUGAUGACGCGGCACUGAGGGGUGUAAAACUGUAACUCAACGGCCGCAUACACUACAAACAGUGGUUCUCCGGUGACUAAUCAAAUACACAAAAAAACGUUCAUGUCGACAGUUUGUUGUGAAUCAUAUGCAUAAUAUGUAAUAGAUACAAAAUUGUCUGUAAGAUUAAAUAAUGACCAUGUUUGGAGACAUAAACAUUUGAUUUAAAUUGAAAAAUAUUGAUUUGACAAAGACUGUAUGAAGGAUGUCUUAAUUUCAUUGCCUUUAUUGUCACCCUGUAUUUAGAUGUAAGUGCGUCAUGAAUACAUGCCACCUUAUAUUGGGACCGAGUACACGAGGUGAAGCUACCUUUUAUAUUCAAAGUUUAUUUUUUACAAAGGAAGGAAACUGUUCUUGUGUGUGGGAAGUACUAUUAAGGAGUAUUAUUAUUAUUAUUCUUGUUCAGAUUAAGUUUCAGUACGAAUCAUCGCUGUACAAAAAUCCAGUUAUUGAGAUGACUUGAUUAACAAACUUGUUUUUUUAUUACACUUAACGUUUAAUUCGGAGCACUUAAGGUGAUACUUUUUGUAUGAAGCAUCGAAAUUGACUUGGAAGUACGACAAAAUCAUUUCUACAUGAACAAAGUAAUGCUAUUGUCGAUCAGUAUAGUUGAAAUGUUUUCAAUUUAUCUCAAAUCAUGUCGAAAUAUAAUAUAUAUAUAUAUAUAUAUAUAUAUUGGUGUGUGCAUUGUGAUUGUAUUUAAAUUACCGUGAAAGUUUUUUAGGCGGUUACAGGAAUAUGGCUUCCUCAAACUGUGUUUGAAUAUAUUUCUUCCAAAUAUCUUUUGGGGAUAUAGAAUUAAGUGAAAAUUAAUUUAUAAUUUUCGUUUUCGAUUAUCAUAUAAUUCUAUCUUGUAUUUAAGGUGUGAAUAUUGAAUCUACUUAUUUUUUUAAAUUAUGGUGCACACAAAAAUUUCAUCUAUGAGAAAUUCAUAGAAAAAUCCAACUUUUAUGCAUGGUUUAAGGCGAGCUGAGUAGGUGUCUUUUUCAGAAAUUUAGAUAAGAGAAUGUUUGGUAUACUGUAAAGUUAAUGUACUAAGGCGAGGAUGUACCAAAUAGUACUGGUCAUAUGACAUAUGCACACAUCAAACCUCAAGUACAAUUUAUAGACAGUCCUUGAAAUAAUCAAAUAUACAAAAUCAAAUAUCAAAAUCAAAUAUACAAAUAUACAAAAUCAAAUGUAAAAAGAUAGUUCUAUGAUAUUGAAGUUUUCUUAUGAGAGUAAAUCUACUCCUUAUUGCUAAAUAUUGAACCAUAUAUUUUCAAACUCUAACGUAAUAAUCAUAGUUUUCCUAUAGCGAUUGGAAGAUGGAAAAGUGUAUUGGGAAUGAGUAUGUCCUCUGUGUGAUAACUGUGGUGAGGAUGAAUACCACCACUAAUAUCAAUAUUAUAAUGGAUUUACUUAUUUCCUAGAAAGUGUUUUGUCAAUCAGAACUAUUCAGACAUACUGUUUAUUGUAUUGUUACCUGUGCAAGCAUUGUUAUAUUUGACCUUGUGUUAUACACGUAUAUGUGUGGAGUAAAUAUAAACUAUACUC